AUGAAAUUUGAUGAUAUUUUUAAAGAAAUAGGAGAAUUCGGUCCCUAUCAGAGGCGGAACUACGCAUUUUUAAUUGUGGUGUAUCUAUUAACGGGUCCUAUAAUGACUUUGUCUGUGUUUGUCAUGGGAUUUCCAGAACACAGAUGUCAGAUUCCCGGAAUCGACAACGACACUUAUGCAAUUCAGGGAACACAGCAUCAAACACUUAUUCACAAAUACAUCCCUUUAGACAAAGACGGUAAGUAUGAAAAAUGUAUCCUGUACGAUAUUAGCCAAUCAGCGACGGAGUUUGACAAUGACAGCCGACCAAUCAACGCUACCAGAGUGAAAUGUACAGCUUGGGUUUACAGCCAAGAUGUCUUUCAUGAUACUUUUGUAACAAAGGAGAAUCUGGUAUGUGAUGAUAAAUAUAAAAUCUCGCUGUCAAAGACGAUUUUCUUUGCCGGUGUUCUGACGGGAUCCUUUAUGUUUGGAAUGAUAUCAGACAUAUUAGGACGCCGGAAGACCCUUCUUAUUGCAAUUCUACUUGAGCUAUCGUCAACACUAGCUUUGGCCUGGUCCUAUAAUUACGUCACGUAUGCCAUUCUACGUUUCUGCACAGGGGCUGCAUGUGUUGGGAUGUUUAUGACGUCAUAUGUUAUAGGAAUGGAAUGGGUUGGUCCCUCUACGAGGACAUACGCAGGUUUAAUCAUAGCCUUCUUUGGUCCAGUGGGGGAGCUUUACUUUAUCCUGGUGUCAUAUUUUGCCCGGGACUGGUUCUGGAUAAUUAUUUCUGUAGCUAUUCCGUUUGGGAUAGACGCAUUAAUUUGGUGGUUUAUUCCUGAAUCACCACGUUGGCUUUUUAGCCGGGGGAAAAACAAAGAAGCCACCCAAAUUUUAGAAAAAGCGGCACAAUACAACAAAAAGGAACUUUCACCAAAGAUACUGGAGAAUGUUGUGAUAGAGAAGAGAGAAGCUGGAAAGAUAUGGCUUUUAUUUUCGGACCGGCGCCUUGGUAUCAGAACUAUCAUCAUAUUCUAUAACUGGAUGGUUGCUAGCAUGGUGUUCUAUGGCCUUUCUCUGAACACAGGGAUUCUGUAUGGCGAUUAUUACAUUAACUUUCUUAUUGUUGUACUAGUGGAGUUUCCAGGCCAUGCUCUUCCUCUGUUUAUGAUUGACAGAUUCGGCAGGAAAAAAAGUCACUUUGUCUACAUGGCUGUCGGCGGUUUAGCUUGCCUUAGCACUAUUUUUACAGUAAACUUUGGAGGAAAAGAUCUGCAGAUCCUCACAACGGCUUUGGCGAUGGUUGGUAAAAUGUUCGCCACUGCUGCUUUCGCUACUAUCUAUGUUCUUUCUGCUGAACUGUUUCCCACAGCCAUAAGGAAUGCUGGAAUGGGGUCCAGUUCCUGUUGGGCUCGAGUUGGAGGAAUGAUUUCACCAUUUAUAGCAGACACGGCAGAUUUAGUGGGCGGUACGAGCGGAACUGCAAUACCAUUGGUGAUAUUUGGAGGGGCGUGUCUCCUUGCCGCGGGACUGACCCUCAUUCUUCCAGAAACUCUCCAUCAACUUUUACCAGAAACCAUUGAAGAUGGAAAGAACUUUACAACAAAAGAAUACAAAGAACGUUCAAAACAAUACAGAACUGGACUAACUAAAGAGAUAGAAAUUACCAAGUUUUAAAAU